AUGGGUUCCGAGAACACAGAGGCUGCAGUAGCCAGCGGCAAUUUCGGUGUGGUCCAGGUUCCUCUGCCCACAUCAGCGACUGCCAACCAUGGCGGCGACAAAGAAUGGUCUCACACUGAAGAAGCCGAGCAGGUGACAGCAGACACGGUCGAUUUGGUCUAUGACAAUGCCGAUGAGGAGCCCGAGCUUCAUGCCUGCACAUACGUCGCCGUGGCCGCCAUAUUCAUCCUGUACUUGGUCCAGGUGAUGGCCCUUCAAGGUCCUCCAGCGGUGCUCUCGUAUAUCGCAGAGGACCUCAAUGGGGAAGCAGCAGAAGCAUGGGUAGCAAACUCCCUGAACGUGGUGCAGGUGGUGUUAUGUCCACUUCUAUCCUCCAUCGCCGACACCUUUCAAAUCCGGAAGACCUUGAUCAUCGGGUCCAAUAUCAUCUCAUUCAUUGGGACCGCCAUCGCCCCAGGCUCAAAGGAUAUCUACAGGAUUAUUGCCGCCCAGACUCUGAUUGGAUUUGGCUUUUCCACAGUUCCCUUGAUGUAUUGCAUCCCCAGCGAGAUUCUACCCCGAAAAUGGAGACCAAUGGCCCAGGCGAUUGUCAAUAUCGGGGCCUGCCUGGGCGCCGUAAUUGGACCAUUGUCUAUUGGAUCUCUUGUUAGAUCGAACAAAAGCAAUGGCUGGCGAACCUUCUACUGGAUCGAGAUGGCUCUCUUUGGAGCUGGCACUAUUGGCGUCCUGGUCGGCUACCGACCACCGAAACGACAUACCCGAUAUGAUCGUCUGUCUAUCUGGCAGAAGAUUGGACGGAUUGAUCUUGUGGGCUCGGCUCUUCUCACUGUCGGCCUCACGUUGCUUUUGACAGGGGUAGGUCUAGGCGGAGAACUGUAUAAAUGGACAAACGUCCGUGUUCUAGCAACCUUGAUCACGGGCGUGGUUGGAUUUCUGGGCUUUUGCUUAUACGAAUGGAAAGGUACCAGCACUGGAAUUCUCCACCAUGGUCUUUUCAAUGGAGACAUGCAUGUCGGUGGAACAUUCGCUCUCUGCAUAGGUUUGAUCAUGGUAGAAGGGCUGAUGCUCUUCGCAUACGUAAUCUUCUAUCCAUCGUUGUGGGUACCCUUCCCUGCUUCCAAGGCUCACCGAGCCAAAACUGACCACAUCUCUUUCACUCUGUUUAGGACCAAAGCACUCUUUGAGACCGACCCUUUCCUGCUCACCGCUCGAGGCACACCCUUUUGGAUCGCAUGCGGCAUCUCAACCAUCGUCUGGGGAUAUCUUAGCACCAGAUUCAGGACUAUUCGAGAGCCCAUGUUUGCGGGUUUCCUGGUCUUCACAGCUGGUGUGGUCGGAAUGGCAACCACACAGCCUAGUCACUCCACUAACCUGGUCAUCUUUGCAGCACUGACAGGUAUUGGUUUUGGGGCCCCGCUUAUACUGGUUGUUGCAGCCGUGCAGCUCUCAUCGCCCCACGACCUGAUUGUCACAGCUACGGCUGUCAUGACCUCCGCCCGAGGUGUAGGAGCAUCCAUUUUCAUCGCCAUCUACUCUGCAGUGGUGACCGAUCAACUGCACAACAAAGUCCCAAAGUACAUUUCCAAGGCUGUCCUCGCUGCCGGUCUACCGCCAAAUUCGAUCCGUCCUUUCGUUCAAGAACUUACAGCCGGGGAGAUUGAUGCUCUGGUUCAAAUCCCAGGUGUCACAUCCUCCAUCAUUUCUACAGGCGCCUUGGCUAUGAAAAGCGCUUACGCGGAUUCCUUGAGAGUCGUGUUUAUCAUUGCGGCUCCGUUUGGUGCGUUGGCCUGUAUCGCAUCUUUUUUCAUCAUGGAUGUGCAAGAAACCAUGAACUACCGGGUGGAUGCACCACUGGAAGACCUUCACGCCAGAACUCACCAUGGGAAUCAUCGUGACCACCAUCGCCACCGGGUACAGCCAGCAGAAUGA